CUGUUUUUCAUUUCAACAAGAAAAAAAAGCCCUAAUUUCUCUCUCGUCCGAGCUAGCCCCGAGCCCCGAGGUUUCUCUUCUCCAGAUUUUGAAUCUGGUUUCUAUUUCUCGAUUUCUGGUAUGAAUGUUCAUGCAUUUCUUCCAUCUAGGCCAUUACAGAUCGAAGGUUUCGAGGAAGAAGGAUGUCGGAUUCAUCGAGAAGAUAUCGAAUAGGAUACGCGUUAGCGCCGAAGAAACAACAGAGCUUCAUCCAGGAUUCUUUGGUGAAUCUUGCAAAAGAGAGAAGUGUCGAUCUCAUACGAAUCGAUACUGAUAAGCCCUUGGUGGAUCAGGGCCCAUUCGAUUGCAUCCUUCACAAAUUGUCUGGCGAAGAAUGGAAGAAACAGCUCGAGGAUUUCUCCUCGAAGAACCCUAAUGUCUGUAUAAUUGAUCCGCUGGAUGCGAUUGAGAGGCUUCAUAAUAGGAUUUCCAUGCUCCAGGUGGUGUCCGAAUUGAAAAUCCCCCAGGAGAAUGAGACUUUUGGAAUACCUAAACAGAUUUUGAUCUAUAAUUCGGAAACGUUACUGGAUGCAGAUGCGCUGGAAGGGUUGAGGUUUCCGGUGAUUGCCAAGCCGUUGGUGGCUGAUGGAAGUGAGAAGUCACACAAGAUGUCGCUUGUGUUCAAUCGUGAUGGUUUCAGCAAGCUGAAACCACCUAUUGUCCUGCAAGAGUUUGUUAAUCAUGGUGGGGUGAUCUUUAAGGUCUAUGUUGUCGGGGACUAUGUGAAAUGCGUGAAGAGAAAGUCGCUUCCUGAUGUAUCGGAGGAGAAUCUGGGGAGUUUGGAGGAUUCAUUAUCUUUCUCGCAGGUAUCGAACUUGACCACACAAUAUCGAAAUAACGAUCACUAUUAUGAGAAUAUGCAUUUGGAAAAUGCUGAGAUGCCCCCACUGAGUUUCAUUACAGACAUUGCAAGAGGAUUGCAACGGGCCAUGCGAUUGCAUCUUUUCAACUUCGAUGUCAUCAGGGAUGCAAGAGUGGGGAACCAUUACCUCGUAAUUGAUAUCAAUUACUUCCCAGGUUAUGCAAAAAUGCCGUGUUAUGAGGCUGUUUUGACUGAUUUCUUCUGGGACAUCGCUCACAAGAAAGAAGCAGUGGAAUUUAACAAAGAAGAGAAAUCAGAGAUGGCUUCUGAUUGUCGGAAGUUGCCUAGCUAUGACAUGGAGGAGAGAAAGAUUGUAAGCAACACUUAUUGUAGUGAUGAAACUGAUGGGGCCUAGCCACCUUCGCCUAUGUCCUUGGAACUGGAAGAAAAGCAGAACAGGUUUCAAGUCUGAAAACGAUGACAGGACAUGCAAGUGGCUUGUUGGCUUAUCGGCUUGAAGAGGGGACUAAUAGGUUUUGCUUGAGCAUCUUCAAUGUCCUUAUCCGCUAUGCCUGCCAAUUUCAAGGUGGAUUGGAGCUAGCGGCCUACAACUAUUGAACUGCAGUUGGCUUGGUGAAUCAAUAAAUAGGUUGUAUGCUUCGUAUUUCUGCCUCUCGACCAGUUUCCUUGAUAUUUCAUUUCGAUCUUGUAUAUUCAGCCAUUGUGCUGGAAAUAGGUAUUCCUCAAAUACUGAAUUUCUAGGAAGGUUGAAGGUGUAUUUCGAGGCUUAUGAAUUCCCAUGCUUACAAGCUGUUUUAGUAAGUGCAAAUAUUGGCACCUUUAAUGCAUGGAUUUUUUUUUUCUCA